ACCAACAUUCAAUGCAGAAUUGCCCCGAACCGACCGAUUCGGUCCAAUUCGGCGGUUUUAGUCCGGUUCUGCACACCCCCAUCUUUUAGCUAAACUGUAGUAGCUUCAUUUAUAUAUAAAGCUAAAGCUUCGUCUCUUUCUCUCGUAACUUCAAAGCGUAAGCUAUCACAAAGAUUUGUAACCCUCAUUUCCAAUCCAAAAAUUAUCUCUGUUUUUCCGGUUGCAUCAAUCUUCUUCUUAAUUUUCUCUUCAUAUAAUAUAAAGUACAGAUUUGGAAGACAUUUCACCAAAAAUGUGUGGCGGUGCAAUCCUCGCCGGACUUAUUCCCAGCCGCCACGUCUCAUCCACCGACAUCCUUCCCACCGCCGCAGACUUCUGGCCGGCCGCUUUCAGCUAUUCUGACCAGAACGACGCUCCUCCUCUCAAACGAUCAAGAUCCUCUGCAGGCGAUGAGCAUGUGUCGAAGAACAAUGGUCCGAAGAGUAAGAAGCAGAGGAAAAAUCUGUACAGGGGGAUACGGCAGCGGCCGUGGGGGAAAUGGGCGGCAGAGAUUCGCGAUCCACGGAAAGGCGUCCGUGUUUGGCUGGGCACGUACAACACUGCUGAAGAAGCCGCCCACGCUUACGACAGAGAGGCGCGCAAAAUCAGAGGGAAAAAAGCCAAAGUCAAUUUCCCAAACGAGGAUGAUGAUUACAGCUGCAAUUACAAUCCUAGCCCUAAUUUCGAGUAUUACAGUGAAUUCAACCAGGCUGGAUUGGGAAUUUGCGAUUAUGUAGAAACAUUCUACGCCGUGAAUGAUGCCGCUGAUGCGAAGCCUGAGGCUAACGAGAGCGGCGGUAAAGAUGCGGUGAUUGGACCUGCGGCGGAGGCGGCGAAGGAGGAGAAGCACGCGGCGGCGGAGAAUGAUGAAGUGCAGAAGCUGUCGGAGGAGCUGAUGGCGUAUGAGAACUACAUGAAGUUCUAUCAGAUUCCGUAUUACGACGGGCAGUCGCAGUCGCCGCCGCCGCCUAGUAAUCCGCCGCCAGAUACGGUGGAGCUGUGGAGCUUCGAUGAAGUUUCCGGUGAACACUAGCGUGGAGUGUUGGUAGUUUGUGUUGAUUGUUUUUGCUUCGUUUCUUCCUGUUAUUAAUCAUGGAUUAAUUUAGCGUUCCGUGUCGUAAUUGUAAGUUUAGGAUCGUGAUGAAAAUAUUUGUCAUAUUUCUAAUAUUUGUCGAAUGUGUAGUAAAAUUGCAUUUUAAAUGCAAAUUAUGUUGCUUUUCUAA